AUGUUCAACAGCGAGCAACAAGCGGGGCGACAACGACCAGGGCUAUACCCGAGUUCCUCGGUGGCCUCCUUCCAAGUGCCGCCGAGCCCAUCCAUGCCGGGCGGACUGCAGACGAAUGCGACGAGUUAUCUGGCGGUGAUCCUUGCCGGACCGGGCGAAGGACUCUUCCCGUUGAUCAACAACCAGUCCGCCGAGCUCGACGAACCCGACCAUCAGCCCACCCCGCAGAUCGCCAAGGCUGGACUGCCUCUGCUCAACCGUCCUAUCAUCGAAUUCACUCUCGAUUGGAUCGAGGAGAGCGGAUUAACCGAGGUCCUGAUCCUCGCUUCCGAAUCUCAGAGGUCUUGCCUAAGUUCGAUCACCAAAACCCGCAAGAGCUCCUCAAGUACUACCACCCAAAACCUUACAAUCAAACUUGAAUGCAUACCUGACAUCGAUUUCAUCAGCCAUGGAACCUCCGGAAGUUUACGUUGGGCAAUCAAUCGGAACCUCAUUAAGACAGCCUUUGUCCUAUUACCAUGCGAUCUUUACUUCCAAUCCAGCCGGUCUACCUCCGACCGAUCCAUUCUGAAUUGCUCCCAAGUGGAUCCGAUCUAUGAACGCACAUUACUAGCGAUCGUCGAACGACAUCGGACGAACCAGAACCUGAUCACGACGGUUUUCUAUGAGCGGCAGGCGAACACGCUCGAUCUCAGAGACGGUCCAUCGCUCAAUCUGGUCACCCUCGAUCCUCGCUCGGGCGUGUUGCUGAAUCUGCAGGAGCUCGACGGCUUCGGGUCCGAGAUGGAGAUCCGGAUGAAGAUGAUCGACCGGUUUCCAACCUGCAUCCUGAGUAGCGCACUCGUCCCCGCCCAUGUCUUCGUCUGCUCCCCCGCGGUCAUCGACCUUCUCCUCGGCUUGCCCCAGCUGGCUAGCUUCAAACACCAGUUCGUGCCCUGGCUGGCUAAGAACCAAUGGCAGCCUGGUCUGCUCAAAAAGACCGCCGUCGCCUCGACCAAGCUCGAUUUACCAUCGGAUCCACUAACCGAAGCGUUUAUGAGAUCGAGCACGAACCCGACCCCGCAAAGCAAUCGAGGCGAUGUGACGAUGAAGGGGCAACGGACGCCCUUAACGGCGGCCUCGACUCCGCCGAUCUCGCGCACUUUCAGCUGUCUGUCUCUUGACGCUCGCGCAGACCAGUUUGCCACACAACCCCUCUCUCAAGGCUCGCUCAAGUCGGCCUUCAAUAAGAUUCCCCCCGCGCUCUCUGGCGCCGCCUUCCGUUGCGAAUACGUCAUUUGGCCCGCUAAGGACGGCUUCGUUUGUCGUGCUAACUCGGUCCCCGGGUAUGCUGAGAUCAACCGAACUGCAUUGAAGCUAGAACACGAGCGCCAGCAGGCCGCAGGCAAUCGACCUACAGGUCCACCAACGCCUGGGGUAGGCACGGCGGGAGCGGACUCAUUAGUGGGACCAAAUGUGAGUCUAUUAGACAAGUCGAGUGUCAAGAAGAGUAUUGUUGGACGGGGAUGCACGAUUGGGAAGGCGUCGAAAGUGGUGAACUCGGUGCUCAUGGAGCGCGUCUCGAUCGGCGAACACGUUAAGAUCGAGAAUUGUAUCCUCACUAAUGGCGUGAUCAUCGGCGAUCGCGUCGAGCUUAAAGACUGCGAGGUCGAGAGCGGAACAGUCAUCGAAGCCGACUCACCGGUCUUCUGA